AUGUUCUUUCUCCCAAUUCUCGCAUCUCUGCUGGGCAGCGCCAUCGCUCAUCCUGUGGUCAGCGAUGUCACAGCUCUGGAGGUUCGUGAAGUGGGCAUGAGUCCUGUCUCUCCUCUGACUGCCCGUGCAGAGUGCUCGACUCUCUCAACUGUCAUUGAGCAGAUCGGCACCAGCAGCGAGGUCGCCGUGUAUGCCACCACCGGUGGCCUCACUGCCCUGUACGUUUGCAGACGUAUCAACGGGCGUGAAUGCGACACUCUUGCCAGCGCCAUCGCCGCCGGUGUUGCAAGUAUCUUCCUGAUCCUGCAGAGAUCCGGUGCCAUCUCCGCCCGUGAUGGCAGCACUGAGUCCCUCGUCGACUUCCUCACCCGGGAGCUUGCCGCCGAUGGCUCUACCUUCCAGUCAAUCACCGACGCUACCCCCCACCUGCUCGCUCGCUAUGACUCUGACGAACGUACCCCUCAGUCUGUCGCCAGCGUCCACGGUCUCAACUUCCUCAACACCACUCUGAAUCUGGACGUCUACGACUUUGGCGACGGCGAGGGUCACAUCUACCUUCCCUUCGAUGAGGAGCAGGAGCCCAUCACCAAGCGCAUGGAGAAGCGUGCAUCUGCCCCUGGCUUCAAGAUCGCUUACACCACCCGUCUCCAAUCCAAGCUCACUCGCGCUCAUCAAAUUGAGAUUUCCCAGCGUCUUGCUACCUACUGGAACACCCGUGCCAGCUGCUGCAGUCUUCACGAUCUCAUUGGCUUCGUCAAGACUGACCACACUGCCAACUUUUACUAUCGAAUUAUCCCUGAGACGGUUAACUUUGGCCUCAACUACGAGUCUGUUGACAUUUGUGGUGGGAUGGCUGGCUACUUGUAA